CUAUAUUAAAACCCUGAAACUGAAGCAUCAUCACACAAAACCUAUAUUAUAUAUAAUUUACUAGCUUCAAUUCAUUCAUCAUCGUAGACCAAAUAAUAUUAGCCCAAAAAUAAUAUAUAUUUUUUUCUUAGGGACAUAUAUAAAAAUAUAUAUUGAACAUUAUGUCUAGCAGAAGGUCAAGGCAACAAUCAGGGUCUAAUAGAAUCUCCGAUGACCAAAUCAUCGAACUUGUUUCAAAGUUGCGCCAACUUGUUCCUGAGAUUCGAGAUAGGCGCUCUGAUAAGGUUUCAGCUUCUAAGGUUCUACAAGAGACAUGCAACUAUAUAAGAAACUUACACAGAGAGGUUGAUGAUUUAAGCGAACGUUUGUCUCAAUUAUUGGCCACAAUUGAUGCUGAUAGUGCUGAAGCUGCCAUCAUAAGGAGCCUAAUUAACCAAUAAAAAUUUAAAUAUUAUUAAUUAUGCAUGAUUUUCCAUACUCAAGGAGAUCAUAUAUUAUAUGAGUGUACCUUUAAUUAACUUUAAAUUUCAAUUUUAGGGUGGUAAUUAAUUAGAGUGCAGUUUGAUAUGAGUUAUAUUAUGUGUGCCUCCCCUCCUCUAUAUGGUAGGUGUAGUGCACUUUUAUUGUAUGGAAAAAAAAAAAAGGGUUUUGUAAUAAGAGAAUUUAAGGACUUUUGUCUCAUAGUUAUAAUUAUUAUAUAUAGCUCUCAUUUAUAGA